UAAUGAUAUUUCAUAGAUUCCGUGACCUGCGGUGCUGCACAACCUACGCAAUAACACCAUCCCAUCUCAACCCAUUUUCUUUCUUUUUUUCUCUUUCAACUUUUUACGCCACACACAGCACAAAUCCCACAAUCCUCAAGCAAUAUAGGAGGAGGCAUUGUUGAACAGACAAUGCUCCUAUUAAUCUGUGAAAAGCUAGGAAUCAACAUACCCAAGUGAUAAUAAUGCUAAUGGAAGUCACAAACCCACUGAAGAAGAAAACGAAAUGGCUGCUUCCUCUAGUGUUUGCUCUCUUAAUCUCUUCAGUUCUCAUCCUUUUCACACUUUUCUCCGCAAAUCCAUUUCACCAGUCCCCAGAAAAGCCCCCCAAAGUUCCAGUCUUUGUUGAAUCCAAGCUGCGUUUACCUGAUACUCGGCCCAGUUCAAGAUUGCCCAGACUGGCAUACUUGAUCUCUGGGUCUAGUGGGGAUGGGGAGAGCUUGAAGAGGACAUUGAAGGCUCUGUACCAUCCACUGAACCAGUAUGUAGUUCACUUGGACUUGGAGGCACCGGCUGAGGAGAGGGUGGAGCUAAUGAAGUUUGUUAAGAGUGAGCCUUUGUUUGCAGAGGUUGGGAAUGUGAGGGUGAUCGUUAGAUCUAACUUGGUCACUUACAGAGGGCCUACUAUGGUUACCAAUACCCUUCAUGGUGCUGCUAUUUUGCUCAAGGAAGGGGGUGAAUGGGAUUGGUUCAUCAAUCUCAGUGCCUCUGAUUACCCUUUGGUCACUCAAGAUGAUAUGCUUCACACGCUGUCAACUAUUCCAAGAGAUCUUAAUUUUAUUGAGCAUACCAGUGACAUUGGAUGGAAGGAGUAUCAUAGAGCCAAGCCUUUAAUAAUUGAUCCAGCACUCUAUAGCCUGAAGAAGUCAGAUGUCUUCUGGGUCUCGGAGAAAAGAAGUGUACCAUCAGCCUAUAAACUUUUCACAGGGUCUGCUUGGAUGAUGCUAUCUAGACCCUUUAUUGAAUACUGUCUGUGGGGUUGGGACAACCUCCCAAGGAUAGUGUUGAUGUAUUACGCCAACUUUCUUUCAUCCCCAGAAGGAUAUUUCCACACGGUAAUAUGCAAUGCAGACGAAUUCCGGAAUACCACUGUGAACCACGACCUCCAUUUCAUAUCCUGGGACAACCCCCCGAAACAACAUCCGCAUUACCUCACUGUCAACGAUUAUCAGAGAAUGGUAGACAGCAAUGCCCCAUUUGCCAGAAAGUUUGGCAGGAACGAAACUGUUCUUGAUAAGAUCGACUCUGAACUUCUGGGUCGUAAAGCUGAUGGUUAUGUGCCUGGUAGUUGGUUUGAUGGCGGGGAUACAAAUUCAACCUCCUCACCUUACACUAUCACAAAUAUAACAUCGUUGAAGCCCGGGCCAGGUGCUAAGCGACUCCAUAAUCUCAUCAAUAAUGGGUUGUUGUCAGAUAAGGAUUUUGACACGAAGCACUGCAUCUAGCGCCCGCCCAACAGACGUAAGUUUAUAUGGUGCUUCUCGUUGAACAAUGUAUUAUUUUGGUGAUUGAUUAAUGCCUGAUAAAGGCGGGGAUGAAGAAAUAAUUGGGGGCUGGCUCAUAACCACACUGCUAGGAGGGAUAAGCAAGUUAGGAAUAGAAAUUUGAUUGUAUACCUAUAUCUUUAAAUAUAUAUAUUCCCUGAUAGAAGUAAUGGGACAUGGAUCUUCCUGUUUUGCAUUGCUGUUAUGUAUACUGUAUCAGUAGAAAUAUGUGAUGAUGGUAUUCUGUCAUGGGAAAUAAAAGAUUAGAAAUUCAAUCUUGGAUUGCUUUGUAUU